CACGCACUCACUCACGCACUCACUCACGCACUCGCUGACGUUCAUACUUAUACCUUCUCAAUUAUGUAGUUUAAUCGUGGUACAGGCUUUCGAUUUUACUCCACAUUAUUCAACAGGGCGAAACAGCAGCAGCACAUAGCGCAGAACUCGAAUUUGGUAUCCAAUACCCAGAUAUCCUGCAAACGCCACCCGCACAAUUUUUGACAGAUCACACUAUAGCAGCAAAUGCCGUCUUUUUUGGUGUUUGGAGGCGCAAACUUUUACGGGAGAGCGCUGAUACAGCAGCUGUGCAAAGAGCGCGAGCAAGCGAUCGCCGCCGGCGAGAGCAAAGCCGACUGGGUGAUCCGCGGAGUCGACAAGAUCCUGCCCCAGCUGGCGUCGUUCCCUGUGGACACGCUGCACCUCUACCAGACAUUCGACUACCGCAUGGGCAACCUGCGGAGCCAGGAAUUCCUUGAGCGCGCCUUUGUGCGUGACAGCGCCGAUGGCUCUCAGCAGCACAGCUGGGACUACGUGUUUAAUUUUGCCGCUGAGCACAAGUUUGGGCAGACAGACCAGGUCUACGAGCAAGAUGUCCACCAGAUAUCGGUGAGCAUUGCGCGCCUGGCAGCGCAGUUUGAGGCUGGCGUGCUGGUACAGCUGUCAACAGCACACGUGUUCAAGGCAAAGGGAAACGCGCGCCAUUCCGAGGACGACAAUCUGGAUCCGCCGCACGAGCUGGCCGAGGCCCACAUUCGCGCUGAAAACGACAUGCGCGCUAUCACUGCGCUGCCACUGGUCAUACUGCGUCCGGCGCUGUGCUAUGGCCCCGGCGACCGCCAGAAUGUCGUGCCGAUGCUGAUCGCCGCGCUGCUGAGCAAGGUUGGCGGAGAGAAGAUGCCUGUGCUGUGGGAAAAGGACCUACGGGUCAACACGGUGCACGUCGACGACGUGGCCAGCGCGGCGAUUAAGACCGCCCGGUGGCACUAUAAGACGCCUGGCGCCGCGUUGUUCAAUCUCGCCGAUCCUGGAGACACCACCAACAUUGUGCUAGCGCAGACUGUGGCCAAAGUGUUCGGCACCGAGCCCACGUUUAACAACUCGGCGGUCAACUUUUUUGUCAAGCGGCUCAAGACAGCAGAGCUCACUGAGGAGGUCAACGAGUCGCUGCUGGGCCCCUGGAUGGACUUGCUCUCUGCUCACGGCAUUUCAAAUUCGUCGCUUUCGCCUUACAUCGACCAGGAGCACCCGUACUGUCGCCUUGACAGCCGGCCCCUUGGGGUUGACGGCUCGCGCAUCACCAGCACGCCUGGCCUCGGCUUUGAAUACGCCUACAGCACGCCGACCACAGCCGCUUUGCAGGUGAUUGUCGAAGAGUUUCAGCAGCUGGGCCUGUGGCCGCAGAUCGCUGCCUAAUAUCCAGGCUAAUUCGCCUACGCUCUUUGCCACUCUUGCCUUCAUGCCAGCACUGUUAUACAAAAUAUGGAACAUUUAUUUUUCAUUUUGUUCCGCUCACCAGC